AUGGAAAAAGACGAAGGGACGGGGACCCUGAGAGGCGCGACGGUCAAGACGGUGGUCACCGCGUCGAUACCGUCGGAAGACAGCUCGAAAACCCUGAUCACAGAACCUCUGAGGGCCAAACGAUCCUUCAAACAAUGGCUCUACCUGCUAUCGCAUGUGCUGCUCAUCGUCUUCAUUAUCGGCUUUAUGGUCGUAUCUCCGAUCGACAUUAUCACCCAGUCGCGACAAACCAACCAGUUCUGGAACGGCGCUAUCGUCAUUGCUGGUUGUGUCAUCUUCAUCUUUCUAGCAUUACUACUUUCGUUUCUACGACUGUUUCGAACCCGACAAAACCUCUCAGAUAUCCCGCGACGCUACGUGCCUCGCCCAGACGACGUGCCCAAAAAUAUUGCCAAGGAGAUCAGAAACGAUUUGGACAGAUGCAAACAAAUCCUACGAGACACGAGACCAAUAGAGAAGGUGGCCCAUGACGGCCUGGCACCUCCUGACUCGUCAGGAGACAUACCUCCAGACGUUCCGUAUAAGGAUGUUGUUGACACUACGGCAUUACUGGUUGAUUCGCGCGCCAGAAACAUUCACUUUUCGUUUGGAAAACCCGUCGGUAUGCCCUUCAGAGAGUACAUUUCUCAUCUGAUAUCGUGCCAUGUUAUUUCGGACGCAAACGUCGGAUUACAGUUUGUCGAGCUCUACGAGAGACUUCGAUUUUCCGGCAAGCCCAUUUCUGCCCCCGAGAUUCGCACAUUUAUCGAGCGUCUCUUGCGUCUGAUGGAGAACAUCGACUUCCCCCCGGAAGAUGUUCUCUACAAAAACACCACUGCCAACCCCAGCAGUGUCGCAGGCACGCAGUUUACCUCACACAAUCAUCUGCUUCCUCCACCGGCUAUCGGCAGUAAAUCCAACGCCUCCGUUGCUCCUAACUUCCUGUCAGACGACCUGGCUGUGCUAACUACCUGGUCGAGCAACGUCAACAGCGAGUCACCUGUGCAUCGAGGCUCUAACGCCAGGUCGGAUGCUGAACAUGUGUUGCAACAACAAAACAGCCACGUUCGUGCAGGUUCCAUGAACCAGGCUGCUCAUCCAGUCAUCAACCAUCCCUAUCACUUUUUCACCGGAGGCGAUCAUCCCCAGAAUGACACUGGUCUUUUUGAGCAUCCGCUGUCUCGAAGCUCCACCCGUGGGUCUCGAAUCUCUCGCUUCUCACCUGUUGGCUCAGUUAUCGGUCCCGAUGACUACUAUGAUGUCAGUCCUCGAGUGGCCCCUACUCAUAGCAGCAGUGAUGAGAGCUACGCUGGAAGUGUGAUCAUCAGGCGGGAGGAGAGCUAA